GCGCCAAAACUGUGAAGGAGGAGAGAAGAAGGGUCGGCGGUGACUCUUGCCAGGUAUUGUCUUGUGUGAAACCGCCACUUUCUUCUCUCUCCUUGUCAUCUACCUUCCCCUUUCUUCUCUCUAUAUUCGCGAAAUUCCUUUUAUCUCAGAGAGAAUACUGGGAGGAGAAGGAGCAACUGGCUUAUCGAAGCCCUUAGCACUUAUUUGUGGUGCCUUCCUUUUUGGCGGCUGAAAGAGUAUGAGCGGCUCAGUUGCUUCACUGCCUUCAAUUGCGAGUAGGAAAAGAACUGAAGAAAGAGAACAGGAUAUUCAGUUUCUGACAAAAAGUAAAAGAAACAAGCAGUCUCUGUGUGAAAUUGCUGAAAAUAUGUAUAUGGAACCUUUCUCUUUGUCUUGCAAGGAGAAUGUACCACCACCAGUUGGGCUAACUUUAAGGCAAGGAGGAGGAGUUUUGCAGACACUCUCCACCUCUCAUCAAACUCCUCAGACACCCCCACCUCCUCUCUCCUCCUCCAGUGGCCAUGAGGUCUUAAAAGGAGAGGAGAAGAAGAAAAGGAUUAACAGCUCUUCUCUUUCUUCUCCUUCUCCUAUUCUGACAAGAGGGGUUGCACCAAUGCUAGCACGUGUAGCGCCCUCUCCCAUUACCUUCUUACCAUCUCCGCUUCCAUCUUUGUCAUGGACAGAUUCAACUAAUCUUUGGAGAGAAAUGAGACUUAAAGAUACAUCACAAGCAGCUCCUGGAACAGAACUGAGACUACGGCAUCCCUCUAUAAUGCCUACAAUGCGAACUAUAUUGCUUGAUUGGAUGUUGGAGGUUUGUGAAGAAUAUAGGAUACACAGAGAGACAUAUUAUUUGUCUCUUGAACUUUUUGAUCGUUUUAUGGACACCCAGACCAAUGUCCAAAAAGAGCAGUUGCAACUAAUAGGAGUCACUUGUCUUUUUAUAGCAUCGAAGAUAGAGGAAAUCUAUCCUCCUAAACUAGCUGAUUUUGCAUAUGUGACUGAUGGUGCCUGCAACAGUGAAGAGAUAGUAUUCAUGGAACUAAUGAUAUGCAAAGCUCUUAAAUGGAGAUUGCAUCAUUGCUCAGUAUCUGUGAAUACUUGGGUUAACCUGUAUAUGCAACUUGUGAGCAGUUACUUCAGGCCACAUGGACUGAAGGCAAGAGAAUUUGAGUAUCCUGCCUUUUCUCCGUUUGAGUUUAUUAGAGUAAUGCAGGUAUUAGACCUGUGUACAUUAGAUAUAACUAGUAGGCAAUUCUGCAACAGUAUACUUGCUGCUUCAGCUCUUUAUUUGGUAUCUGAGAAAUGUCAAAUGCAUCUUAAUCUUGUCACAGGCUUUCAACUUGCUGAUAUUCAUGUUUGUGUACAAUGGCUAAAUGCUUUUGUAUCUGUGAUCAAUAGGAUGGCACAACCUGUGCAGAAAGCAUUUAGAGGAGUAAUUCUACAAGAUGCUCAUAACAUUCAAACACAUGAAGUUAACAUUAACAUGUUGGAAGAAGCACAAGAUAUCAUCAAAUAUCAAGAAAUGAUAGCUGACACAGCAGGUGGAGGAAGAGGACUUAAAAGCAACCAGCAAGUUGUUCCAAUGGAUUGUUCAGCUCUUAUGACACCACCUCGACAAGAAAGAAGAUGUCUGGCACCUAUUAACAGCACGACUACAAUUGUAUGAGGAUAAGAGGAUUGUUGGAGGAGAAAGUGGAGGACACAAGGGUUACAUUUCUUGUAUGCAUGUUGAAAUUUACAAGUGACUAGGCGUUAUUAAUUUCAUUUUCUUUGGCAACGAACAAGGGACUUUUUUCAAAAGACUUACUUUGUUGUACAUUAUCAAAAAUUAUGAAAAGCAUGCUUUUAUUUUUUACAUUUCCAAUCAUUUUGUGUUAACAGCUACUUUAUGUAUCUUUUUCAUGUACUGGUACAUGUAUGCACUCUCAUCCUGAUUGUUUUUGAACUAACUUUUACACACUUUAAAGUUUACUUCUUUCACUCUGGCUCCCUCCAUUUUAUUUUAUUUAUUGUACAUGUUUUAUUUACAUGUAUUGUCAUUAUUAUUUUAAUAUCAAAUUUAAUGUCUAAGAGGA